UCCUGUCCGGCGGGACACCCGCGUCCCCAUGAGGAGAGGAGCCGGCGCUGGGCCAUGAGCAACGCCACGGCCCCCACGGCCCCGGGCACAGUGGGUGACUCACUGGUGGGCUACGUCCUCGGACCCUUCCUCAUCGUCACCCUCCUCGGCGCCUUCCUGGCUGCGGUGAUGUACGUCCAGAAGAAGCGGAGGUUUGACCGCCUGCGCCACCGGCUGCUGCCCAUGUACAGCUACGACCCGGCUGAGGAGCUGCAGGAGUCCGAGCAGGAGCUGCUGGUGGAGGCAGAGGACACCCGGGUGGUGCCCGGCUGGGGGGGGCCCUCGCCCCAUCGGCCCCCACGCGGGGACUGGAAGGCCUGAUGCUGCCCGGAGAGCUGGGGCCGAAUCCUGCCCGCAGGAGGCAAGGGAGGACGGUGUCAGCACCGGCGCCGCUGCCUUCGCCAUCCACCGGGAAGGGCAGGAUGCACCCGCGGUAGCGUGGCGAUGCCGGUGGCUGCUGCCCGGGAGCAAUCCCACCUCACGAGCACUGACCGUAACAGGUUAUCUCCCACCUCGGCACCUAUUUUUGCCAAUUUUUUUUUGCUUGAACCGCCCUGCCAGCCCCUUAAAAUGCACCGAGCAGGACGGCCGGGGCUGGCGCCCUGGUGAGGGAGCAGCUGGGCUUCAGGGCUUUGCCGGGUGCGGAGGGCAGGAUGCCCGCGGAGGAGCAGCGUGGUGUGUGCUGGAGCAAAUAAACUUGUUUCUUUGCA